GAUGAGGUUGUCACAUUUAUGUACCUAUCGGCCGAUCAUUACUUGUCGAUAAACUCUUUAGUGCGUGAAGCAUUCCCGAAUUCACAUAUUUAAAGGGGAAAAAUGAGACCAAUUCGAUAAAAUUUCCCUCGUGUGUUAAUCGAAAAGAGCAAAAAUGUGAAUAAUCCGUGUCCAUCGGCUGGGACACUGACACCACAUUCCAUCAAGGCUGAUAACAUCAGCGAUGCGGAGAAGUUGAAAUCAGCUGUUUUCUUGUUCUUUCCCUGGAAUCGAUUUUCCUAAUUCGAUGGUGCCGUUUUAAUUAUAAAGAUUACUUAAUCAAGCGAACUGUGUGGAAGUGUGGAAAAGGUGAAAAAUCAAUUUCAUACGAAAAUUUGUUGGGCUUGAUUCGGGCAAACAAAAAUUGUAGAGCGAAAUGUUGUGCACGGUGCUGGCAAUUGUGUUGGGGGUGAUUGUGGCUCUGUAUGCACUUUUCGAGCUGCAUUACUUCCUGAGGAUGUGCCUUUGUUUGAUUGCGGCUCGGUACAUAAAAAAGCGGAUACAUAUUCUCGAAACGGCAACGGUCGGAGGACUCUGUCUUACGAACGAUAUCGACACUCUGUUGUACCAUAUGAACAACGCCCGCUACUUGCGGGAAGUGGACUUUGCCCGGGUGGACUUUUACGAGCGUACGUUGCUCUACCGGACAAUCGUCAGCAAGGGUGGCUCGGUGGUGCAGGGUGCAACGACCAUUCGCUAUCGGAGAUUUAUACGCCCCUUUACCCGUUUCAGCAUCACUUCGAGGAUUGUUUACUGGGACACCCAAUCGAUUUUCAUGGAGCAUCGAUUCAUUGGCCCGUCGGACGGGUUCAUUCACUGUAUCGCGCUGUGCCGCCAGCGGGUCAUCCAGUGUUCGGUGGAGGACGUAAUGGCGACACUGCUGAAGCCGAUUGCCACCGCGACCAGUUCGACGGAGUGCUUGGAGAAACUGGAGAACGGGGUGGUGGCGCUUGGCAAUGGGACCGAGUACGCGACCAAGCUGAAACCGGAGAUGCCCCACGAAGUUGCCAAGUGGCUGGAGUGGAACGAAAUGUCCAGUGCGAAUCUACGCAAUGAGUGUUGAGCACCGGUUUAGGAUUUGGAUUUUAAGCUACAGCCGUAUUUCCAGAGAGCUUGAAUGUUGCGAGGUGCUGCUUUUAUGUUCGUGUCGUCGAAAAAACGCGAAUUUGGAUAAAGAAAGACUAUCUUGUUGUUGACUUCUGUUAGAAAUAAAACAUAGGUUUUUAAAUCAAUCAUAAUACAA